CCCUAUAUCAUCAAUCAAGUUUUGGCUUUGUGGAUCAGAUUGAAAGAACGAAAACCGAAAAUGUCGCUGCCUUUUGUGAGGAUAUUACCAAAGAUACCCAGCAUCGACCCAGACUCACCACCCAGUAGGGGAACAGAAAAUUCAUCGCUUUACAAUGCUAAUAGAGGAAGGGGUCCAGGCCGGGUGAGGAAGUAUAACUUCACCCGAGGUGAGGUAGCAGCCCUGAUUGAAUACGUUAGGCGAAAUCAGCAUAGACUCUCUUUAAAAUCAGGCCAUUGUUCCAACAAGGUUGAGGAAAGAAGAAAGAAGGUGUGGAAAGGUGCUGUUCAUGCCCUCAGAGCUGCGGGUGGACCACUACGUGAAUGGACAGAGGUAAAAAAGAAAUGGCAUUGUAUGAAGUGUCGUGCUCUCGCCUAUAAGGCUGGCAAAGGGACGGCAGAUGGAGAAACCAAACCAGCCUACAACAAAACACAUGAAGAUGUCCUGGAGGUCUUAGCAGCUCCACAAACUAAUCCGGAGGACUUGCCAUCUUCAGAUUCAGAAGAUGAGUGGGAGUCCGCAGAACAGAGCCAACAGAGCCAAGAUAUGAUGGAUCUAGAGUUUCAUGUUGAUGAAGACAAUGACGACCUUUAUGAUAUCGUGCGCGUGUCUGCGGAGCUAGCAGGACGUAGCGGCUCGGGGUCGCGGCCCGGUCCAUCAACUCCAGCAGGACAAGCGGCUUACAAGUAUUCACCUGCCCUUCAGAGGAAGGUCUCUGAGGCUGAAUCCAAGGAUUUUGAUCGCAUGCUUGCCCAACAGCAGGUAGACCUCCUGGAAACCGUCUCCCACAAAAUGGACACUGUCAUCGGCCUCCUUCAUGGCCAGAGCGCCAUCGCCAAGAAAAUAGACUCUGUCAUCGGCCUACUCCAGGCCCAAAAUGCAAGUUCCCAGAAAAUGGAUGCUAUUAUUAACCUACUCCAGGCGCAGAAUGCAAGCUCCAAGAAAAUUGAUGCUAUUGUUGACCUUCUGCAGGCCAAAAAUGGCAAGGUCCAUAAUACUCAGGAGUAACAUCAUUGUGCUUAAUAUUUCUUUUAUUGUACAUUCUGCUGCGUUAUUCUUCAAAACAAGCAUAUUCUCCAUGAUAUCAAUUAAAUCAUAGCUACAGAUUUAUGAAGAUGUAGGCAAUAUCUGCAUGAUACAAAGGGGCUUGAUUAGUAAAGAGCAGCAAAUCUCGCUGACAGCUUGUGAACAAAGUAAAUGCUAUUUGACAUGUUGACAAAUGUUGCAGAGGCAACUAAUAAAAUUAUUGAACCAAAUAAUUUCUGUCAAAAUAUUUCAUUGUAAAAAUAGGUUUUGCCCAGAGAAUUGCCAAAAAUUUUACAUCAUUAUGAAAUAAUUUUGAUUAAACAUAAAAUAAAAAAGUUGUGGAAAUUUUUAGAUUGAUCGCUAAAAAGUAUAAAUUAUGCCUUUGAGCAAUAAGGCCCGAAGGCUUAAGGUUCUCUCAGAGCUACCUGGUAUUGAGGAGAAAUGCCUUACCGGUACUAGUGCACCAAGUAGGGAUUGAAAUCUGAAAUCUGAAACCCUGCUCUACCGAUUGACCUGUCCUGCUUCCUUUUGUUCUUAUUUUUAUGUGAGUUUAUAGUUCUGAUGAAAUCACUUUUUUUUUAAUUACAGUGUUUUGGAAUAUCAUCUCUUUGUUGAGCAUGAUGAAAAAUUUCCACAGCCUGUAUUUGCUAGUGUUACAAACUUUCAUUGGUAAUUGAGAUGUGGCUGUUUAUAUACCUCUUCAGCCCAAUCGAUUUAAAAAAAAUAUACGAACCAAGCCAAUAUCUAUACCAAAAUACGUUGAUGAAGAUGCUGAUAUGCACACACAAAAUGUAAUACUUUCAUACAUAUAUGUAUCACCAUAUUCAACCACCGGAAAGGUAGUUGCUGAACUUUUUUUGCACCAUAUCUGAACAGGCUAUUUGACCAACUGCAAAAAUUGUUUGUUUCUGCAUAUAUAUUCACUAUUAAACAGUUAAAGGACUUGAUGAAAGGAAUUUAAUAGCCUCACACAGGGAAUGCAAAACUAUGACUCUACUUCCACAAUAAUGGGUGAAAUAUACAAAGCAUUAUGUUAAACAUGUAUUGGUCAUAAAACUUGCAUCUACUUUGGGUGAUUGACAGCACCUGCUAUUUAGAAAUGCUAUCAGCCCGGCUAUCAGUUCCGCUCUUGUUUGAUAAUUGAAUAAGAAUCCACGCAGUAUGCUCACCAAAUGCAGUUAUACCAUGGAGCUAUAAUAGAUCCAUGGUUAUACCUUCAUGUACAUGCAUUAUUACAUGGAUUUUAAGUAAAGCUUAUGGUGAACUUGGACUUCUGAAAUGUUACAUGUUGAGGUCUAGGUGUAUAUUGCUUAUUUGUGUCAAUUAAUGACAGAAUGAUGAAUAUUUUAUACAUGUAGCUGGUGUUAUAUUAUCAUUUGAUAAAUUGUUGAUUUCUGAGUCAUCACAAAUAGAAUCCGUUCUAGGUUUUCAUUUGGAAUUCUGUGUUGCAUUUCAUAGGGCAGCCAUGUUUUUUACAGAGGAUCUUGUCAAAUCAUCACCCCCUAUAUUUCCCCCCCGAGUACACUGUAUGAUAAUUUGAUGAUUCAUUUGUUGAUGUUAACAAUAGAAAUAUAUUUUCUACAUAACUUAUUGAAGUAUGAACACAUAAUCCGCAA